UGUCAAUCUAACCCUAGUCAGGGUCAAAAUGGAAUCAAAAAAACAGCUUACAGAAAAAAUCAACAGGCUGAUCCAAGAAAAAUCCUAUAAAGAAUCAGAAAUAGAAGCUUUGAUAAAUGACGUUCGCGGACGGGAAAAAGUGAAGCAAUUAAAUGAUUUUCUAAAUAGGGCUCACGUCAUAAGGAAAAUAAUUGAUCGGAUGAAAGAAGAAACAGGCGCUCAGUUUGAGGAAAGAUUUGUUAAUAUCUCCAAAUCUUUGGACUACAUGAAGAAAUUAUUAAGCAACCUCAAAUUGCACUUUCAAGAGAAAGUUUUAGAACAACUUCCAACUUUGCCAGCACUAGAAGUCCAGUCUUGUACCUCAAACAACGCCAAGAAUAAGGAUAACAUGAAGGAAACAUUUGCUGAAAUUGACCAGCUAAGUCAAUUUUUUCUUAAAACCUUGACCUGAUUUUUGUGUAAAAUUUGUACUGAAAUCCUCUGGAAAUAAAUUUUAUUUCUUUUGUGAA